AUGAGUUCAAAGGUGGAAGAGAUGAAGUUGGUGAAGGGGAGGGUGGUGUUGAUGCGGAAGAGUGUGAUUGAAACCAUAACCAGCGUCACGGGUCUAGUUAGCUCUGGCGUCAAGCUAAUUGAAUCAGCAGAUGAAUAUGAUAUUACUAAAUCUGUAAUUUUCAAGUUGAUUAGCCGCACCAAGUCAUCCAUUAUUGGUGGCCCAGGGAAAGUUGGAAACGCUACCCGUUUACAGAAUAAUGUUUCUGUGUUACGAAACUUGGGGUCGAUAGCGGAGGAAUACGACAUUUAUUUUGACUGGAAUGAUGAUGAGAUGGGAAUUCCAGGAGCAUUCUACGUAACAAACCAGAUGAAAGAUGAGUUCUUCCUUGUUAGUAUGACUCUUGAAUAUCCAGCUCCAACAAGCGACGAGGAGAAGAACAAAAGCAAGAUUCACUUUGUGUGUAACUCGUGGGUUCACAAUUAUAAGUGUUACAAGACGGAUCGCCUUUUCUUUGACAACAUUCCACAUCUUCCUGGGAAUCAAACACCAGAGACAUUACGAAAGUACAGAGAAGAAGAGUUGAAGAGUUUAAGGGGAGAUGGAACUGGAGAGCGUCAGAAAUGGGAUAGGAUUUAUGACUAUGAUGUCUAUAAUGAUUUGGGCUUUCUAGACAGCGAUGGACCAGAGGAUCACCCAAUUCUUGGAGGCACUCGCUAUCCCUACCCUCGUAGGGUUAGGACUGGGAGAAAACUUAUCCACAAUAACAACAAUGGUGGUGAAUACGAGACACAAGGCGAGGAUUAUUAUGUGCCAAGAGAUGAAAAAUUCAGUCCAAUGAAGACAUCAGAGUUCCUUCAAAAUGGAACGAAAAUUUUAGCUGAAAGAGUCGAACCCUUGCUCCUAUCUUUAUAUUUAAAAACCACAACAAACGAAUUUAAUGGCUUCGAAGAAGUGCAGAAACUGUAUGAAGGUGGCGUUAAUCUGCCUUUAUCUAUCAAUGCCAACGGUACUCCAAAUGUCCUCAAGUUCCCACCACCUCAUGUAAUCAAAGAAAGCAAGUUUGGAUGGUUGACUGAUGAAGAAUUUGCAAGAGAGAUGAUUGCUGGUGUAAACCCUGGUGUAAUUCGCAUUUUUAAGUUUGAGGAUCUUGGUCUACCAAUUAACAACUCUAAUCAAACGAGUACAAUAACAGAAAAACACUUGGAGCUGAACAUGGGUGGGCUCAAACUAGAUGAGUAUGGAGGCAGCCAAAGGGGUAUUGGUGUGAUUCAAAGGUAUGAAAUUAUUAAGAAAGUGAUCACUGAAGUUAAAUUUUUGGAACAGGCAUGCAGUUGUAACAGAUUAUUCGUUUUAGAUUACCACGAAGCUUUCUUGCCGUAUUUGAACAAGAUAAACAACCUUCCUUCUGCAAAGGCUUAUGCAACAAAGACAUUCUUAUACUUGAAAGAUGACGGGACAUUGAAGCCACUUGCUAUUGUAUUAAGCAAGCCAGGUGUCGAGAAUAAAGUGGUCUUGCCCGCAGACAAAGGUGUUGAAAGUACAAUCUGGCUAUUGGCCAAGGCUCAUGUUAUUGUAAAUGACUCAAACUAUCAUCAGCUCAUAAGCCACUGGUAUAUAUUUCUAUAUAGAUGUACUCUUUCUGCUAGCAACAUAUGUUAA